CGCGUGCGCCGGGCGGCACUUCCGUCGCUUCCGCAUCCCGGAGUGGUCCCGACGCUUUGCGACAGCCGCAAGCGGUCGGAGCGGAGCGGGCGGCCCGGUGCGGUGCGGUGCGGUGCGGUGCGGUGCGGUGCGGUGCGGUGCGGUGCGGUGCGGGCGGCGAUGCGGCCGCAGCAGGCGCCCGUGUCGGGCAAGGUGUUCAUCCAGCGCGACUACAGCGGCGGGACGCGCUGCCAGUUCCAGAGCAAGUUCCCGGCCGAGCUGGAGAACAGGACUGUGUUGGAGUUCAGAUUUGAUCCAACCACUUGGCAGAUAUUUAACACAGAACCACGGAUCGACAGGCAGCAGUUUGAGGAGACUGUCCGGACGCUGAACAACCUCUAUGCAGAGGCUGAGAAACUUGGGGGCCAGUCUUACCUGGAGGGCUGUCUCGCCUGCCUGACCGCCUACACCAUCUUCCUGUGCAUGGAGACGCAUUACGAAAAGGUCCUAAAGAAAAUAGCCAAGUUCAUCCAGGAACAGAACGAGAAGAUCUAUGCUCCUCAGGGCCUCCUUCUGACAGACCCCAUCGAACGAGGACUGAGAGUUAUUGAAAUUACCAUUUAUGAAGACAGAGGUAUGACCAGUGGGAGAUAAAAGCGCGGAGUCGCAGGCAACAGUGGACUUGCUGUAUCCAGGUUCCCCUACCUCCUCCGUUAGAGCAUCAUUCCUUUCCCUGCUGCCAGAUCCACAGUGCCAGGUACCGCACGGACUGAGCUCGCCGGCCGCUCCGCGCCGGGCCAGCAUCCAUUUUGUGGCAGACGGUUAAGCCAUCAGGUCACUUCUUAGCUUGGUUGUUGUGUUGUUUUUUCCAAGAAAAAGCAGAAGUGGUAAAACCACGUCCUCUUCUGAAAGAAACGGGUGCCGAGCCCAGCAGAAGUCUGGCUUUAGUCACCUGAGCGCAGCGAUGUUCCUCCUUAGUUCUUAAGCCCUGCUGUGCCUCAGUCGGGCUUUGUAAAGCUGCGAGUUGAGCUGGGAAUUGUCCAGAAGCGAGGCUUUCCCUCCCGGCCGGUGCUGGAGCGAGAGGAUGCCCAGAGCCUGUGCCUGGCGAGAAGUGGCUCUCGGCAACGAGCGUUUUACGUUUCCUGUGCUGAUUCUUGUGGAAAACUAGAAGGCAAGGUGUUCUUUGUUUUAGCGUUUUGGUUGUUCCUGGAGGGCGGAGGAACAGCCGGAGUUUAAUCCUGGUGUAUUUCCUACUCGUGCGUCUGUGCUGUUGUUGCGUUUGUCAGCGCUCACCAGAAGAGGGGGGUCUGUUCCUUCACGGACCGGUCGGUUCUAUAAAAUGGAUGCUGAGCCCAUACACAUAACAAUUCCUGCCCUGCUCUGGUUAAUAUGUGAAGUGUAAAACUGUUUCUUUAUGGAUUUAUGAUAUAUAACUUAUAGGAAAACACUGAUUGGCAAACCGUGAGGUGCGUAAGGUGGUUCCGUAGGUUUCGGCUGGCGCGCUCCCCGCGGCGUCCCCGCGGUUCUGCACGCCCGGCUGGCCUGCUGGGCCCCGGCGGGGCGGGGCGGGGCGGGGCGGGAGGGGCGGGGCGGGGCGGGCCCGGCUCCUGCGCGGGGCGGGGCGGGGCGGGGCGGGAGGGGCGGGGCUGCCGGGGCCGCGGGCGGUGCUGUGGGUGCUCAGUCUGGGUCUCAAAUUCCAGCCUUGUUACUCGGCCACUGAUUUCUUUUUCUUUUCUUUUUUUUUUUUUUGAGAGAUGUGUUUAAUAUUUUAAUUGUACAAAACUUGUUUUUUCUAAACUGUAACAGUGUUCGCCUUCACAUCUGUUGCAAUACUGGCAGAAGUACUAAUGGAUGAGUAAACUUUUUCUUACACCGUG